AUGCUGAACUAUACCGUCGGUAUUGAGUGUUAUCGAUGCGGUUCAGCUACUGACACUAGGUGUGAAGCUCCUCUGAACACGAUGACUGGCAUAAUUCAGAAUAAUUGGUGGCCAGAGAACAAGACGGCUGAUUUAAGUUCCACUCGUUAUGUUGUCUGCCUUACAUUGGUUCAACGGUCGGUAGGUCCUGGACAAGAAUUUCUGCAGCUACCGGCUGACAAAGAUAAAGGGACGAAGCCGAACUACGGAAUCGCUGGCAGUUGCACAACACUUGUAACAGUGUUUAAAACUACAGGUGAAGUUGUAUAUGCGCAGCGAUUUCAUACUAACCCAGCAACUGUUUUACAUAAGCUUAAAAAAAUGCCUGAGAAAUGCGACAAUGUAACUGAAUACGAUGGAGAAUACAAUGCACUUCAGGGACGAUACGUACAGCCCGGUGACAAACCGGAGACGAUCACACGCGUCUUUUGCUGUAAAGGUCAGGACUAUUGCAAUUCACAAGAAUUUGACUUAGUAUGGGACCGAAAAACAACUGCCGUGUCCACAUCGACACCGCCGAAAAAGUCGGUUACACAGGCAGGGUCGUAUUUAACAUCUUCGAGUACAAUUGUAGUCUUUCUUUUCAGUGCUCUAUGGUGGUGUAUUGUAGCAUUUUUAUUAUAG